AUGUUGUCAUGUCAGUACACUGCGUCCACCGCGGAGGCCUUUGAUUCGUUCAUCUGCCAGAACGCCUGCAUCAUCGUCAGUGGCAAGAAGCAUCGCGUACCAAAAGCCCCUACUCGCGAGGCCAACGGUGGCCUGGGCUCGAUGGUCAUAUUUGGCGACAUUGUGGUAGUACCCGCGGACCCGGAGGGCAAGGUGAACCUCGUCGGGCGCAUCGCCGUCCUCGGCUCACACGAGUCCAAGACCGUCACCUCGUCCUUUGUACCGGGUGUUCGCCCUAGAAAUGGCUCGGCUCAGGUGUGCUCAGGAGAGCUCCAGAGUACUCUGGAGAAGAUACUCGGGGCUACUCCAGAGUGCUCGCCGAGCAAGCGGCUGUGUCUCUGGAGUGCCUGGGAGGCGCCGGCCAAGCUCUCGCGGCUCCAUAAAAGGAGCACUCCGGUGACAUGUCGUUUUUUACUGAUGGACAAAGCAGAAGAGGAGUUCAUAUCUGACGCUCUGCUCAUCCUCCCACCUUACCUCCGGUACAUCGACCACUGGGAUUUUACCUGCACCAACCAUUGUUACGCCUUGUUUCCCUUGUCGAUGCUCAACAGCCUGUCCCAGUACAGCACCGUCACCAAGCUCUCCCUCAAGCGAUUUAGCUUCCCCACGUAUGCGCACUUGGAGCGACUGCUCCGAGGAAUUCCUACUCUCCAAGAGCUUAGCCUAUCUGGCGUGUGGAUCCCCGAAGACGAAGACGAAGACGAAGAUCCGACGGAAGACGACUCGACGUUACCCCCGUCUCCACAACUUGAUCCUGUGCGCCUGCACAAGCUCGUCGUGGGUUCAGGGAUUUAUAUAUAUGCCCCUUUCUACAAGGAGUUGCUUCGCACCAGCGCAGCUACAUUGGUGGACGUUACUCUCAGCUGUCGUCUAUUGUUCGUGUCUUCCAAGAUAGGCGAAGUCAAUGAAGAACAGAAAAAAGCCAUUUCCACACUCACACGCCUGGUGCAAGAGCACCCCACCCUCAGUAAGAACGGAAUCACCUGCGUCGUUCAAAAUUCGUUCAAGAACCACACUGAGAGGUGGUCGACAAUAUUGGAGCAAACUUUCGCGGCGCUCCAUCUCCGAGCAUGGUACAUUGCGGAAGCGUAUGGGCACUCAACGGAUGUUCAUGAAAUGGCGUUUUCUCGCGACGGAAGAUGGGCAGUUAGCUGGAGUGGUUCUUCCAGUAACCACCCCAGGCUGCUUCAAGAGGUAUUGAUCUGGGACGUCUCCACUGGCGAACCAGUGCUAGAGCAGUAUUGCCAUGGGAUGUUCAGUCCUAUGGGACGUGUCUCCCCGUGUGCCAAGUUCUCUCCUUCGGACACCCUCCUCGCGUUCUACACCCACGACAUCCUCACAACCUUCACUUUACCCUCUGCCGACGACUGCGCAACCCCGGGCGCCGCACCUCGGAAACUGGGAUCCGCACAGUUGAAAACUUCCGCAGGGAACGCACUCGAUAUCGCUUGGAUCCCAGAGAGCACGCAAAUCGCCGUCGCUCACAAAUCGGGAGAGGUGCACGUCUGGGAUGCCGUGACCCUAACCCUCAUCCGCUCCAUGCCUUCCCCGCUCCCCAGCAGAGACGACCACAAAAUCUACGAAGCGAACCUCUCCGUCUCCCCAGACGGCCAACGCGCUCUCCACCGCUCGCGCUGCGGCGGCGCUAUCACCGAUUACCUCUACCUCUGGGACUUGACCACUGGCACAGCUCGGCCACUCUUCACCAACCUCAUCGGCGGUCCCGACAGCAGCCCACCCUACGCCUUCUCACUACGGCCUUCGAAAAACCCCGGCGAGGUCGACGUCCUCGGGUUCCCACCAGCCCACGGCGGCAGGCUCUUCAUCGACUCCACGGCCCGGGGCAACUACGCCGUUGCGUCGCUGGCGCUCGACGGGCGCCGCGUCGUCCACCUGUCUCCCGACGGCCGCCACGCGCUGUCCACCGACUUCCCCACGCGCGACGGCGACGACGACGAUGGCAAAGACGUGCCAACAGGGUGCGGUCGCGUUCCUGACGUGGGCCAGGCGCGGGUGCCUACGUUGGGGCGGGCGGUGUAUUGGGACCUGCGCGACGGGCGCGUGCAUGCGUUGCGGGAGAGGGUCGGGCAUGAGCCGAGUCUGAUGGUGCUGUCGGAGGACGGGUCGAUGGUGAUGCGCGCGAGCGACAGCGGGGCGGUAUUCUUCGAUCGGGUUUGCGAUGUGCUGGGUGAGGCCAUCGAAGUCGUACGGUGA